UGUCAAUCCAAACAAGGACUUGUCUUCUUCAUAUAUAGUGAUGAUAAUAAUCAAAUCAUAUCAAUAAGCACGUACGCCCUCCACCUCCACCCCCCCUUUUCUUCAACAUGUCCACCGCCCCUCCCGCCGCCCACACCUGGCUCUCCGACUCAUCUCCUUACCUCCCCAUCUUCUCCAUUCUCGCCUUCGUCGCCAUGCUCAUCCUCAUCUACGCCUUCUUCUUCGCCCUAAAGUGCCCUCCCAACCCUUUCGACAGUUUUCGCCGGAGCUCCAGCGGCACAGCCGGAGGCCCACCAGGUCAAGGGCUGAGCACCAGGAACAAGGAGCAGGUAGUCGCCAGCAUCACGUACAAGGAGGAGCAGCACGGGGCGGCGGGCGGAGAGUGCCCGGUGUGUCUGUCGGCGUUCCUCGACGGCGAGGCGAUAAGCCAGGUGGAAGUUUGUAAGCACUUGUUCCACGUGAUGUGUAUUGACAUGUGGCUCUCUUCUCACCACAAUUGCCCCGUUUGCCGCGCUUUAAUUUUGGCGAAGCCGCCCAGGCGGCGGCCGGUGCCGGGCGGAGAGGCGGAUCUCCGGCAAGGGUUGCCUGAUUCUGCCAACUUGAUGUGAGAAGUAUAGGGUUUUUAUGGAUCUUUCCACAAUGUUUGAUCAAGGGAAGGGUUGACUUUUUGCUGAAAAAAUAGGCGUGUUUAAAUUUUUUAA